AUGUGGUCCAAUGCUGAAAUCGCUCGAGCAACGCGAGAGAAUCUUCCGAACAAGGAGUUCAACCAACCAUUAACAAAGAACUCGCGCACACAUGAUGGCGAUAAUGUUCAUUCGGAACGUAGAGUAACACGCGUGGUGCGUAUACUGGGGAGGAGAUAUCCCCUGACGGAUACAUUCUACAAGUAUCUUGACAUCGGGGUUCAAAUCGGUGGUUCCUGCGACGUAGAGUUGGCUAUAGGAGACUCUCGUGGAAACGAAAUUAAAUUUUCUAUGGAUACGUGGAAAGAUCUCCUACGAAAGAGGCAUAACAUUCUGCAGAUUUUUGCUGAUACACCAGGAACCUCGAGCGAGCCGAUAAGCAUUAAUGACGUAACAGUUAAACUCCGACAACUAAAUGACGUAAAACUCGCAAAACUCUCAGAUUCUACCGUCUCUAUGUUCAUGAGUGAAAAAACCGUACAAAAGUUGUUCGCUUUCGAAUAUUGUAUCGAUCACAUGUACAGUUGGCUGUCUGAAAACUUGUACCUGGUAGAAUUGCAUAAUUCGACCAAACUUUCAAAGGUGCGUAAAUUUCAGUAUCUAAAAUCGUGCCUGUCGGGCGACGCCGAGAAGAUGCUCGCCCUGACUCCCACCACGGCUGGAAAGUACAAAGGAGCCUGGACGUCCUUGGAGAGGCAUUUCGCUAGCCCGUCCGAACUCAAGCGUUUACUGGACGAUUUUCACCAAACUCAAGAGGCGUUCACAGCUCUUGGCAAACCUGUAGAUGAAUGGGAUGAAUGGUUUUUAUUCUUGUGUACGGAGAAACUGGAUCAACCUACUCGUGUCGCGUGGGAAGUUUCGCUUACCGAUCCUCUGGUGAUUCCACGCUACGAAACUUUGGAAACGUUUCUGGAGAAUCGGGUGCAUGCAUUGUCGACCGCGUUACCCUCGGAAAUCGCUGCGACUCCGAAACCCAUGUCGUCUGGGUCGGAGUGUUCCUUCCUCAACGAGUGGUCAGCACAAACCCUUCGCCUCAGGAGAAGAUCAGUGCGCGUCGAGCUCACAGGUUACCAGGGUACCAAGGUAGGUACGGCUCGAUCCGAGGUUUCGGUGGAGUUUCGCUCCCCUGUCAACAAGGAGUUUCGGAUCCCCUUGGAAGCGCUGGUCACCAAGAGCCUCACCGCACCCACGCCGUCCCAUCCUCUAGAAAACGGCGAUUGGGAGCAUAUUAAAGGACUGCUGCUGGCAGACUCCUCGUACAACUUACCUGGCUACGUCGAUGUCCUCCUUGGAGCCGAUAUCUGUGGCCAACUGUUGCAGGAUAGACGCGAGGGACCUCCUGGAACCCCCACGGCGGUGCUGACUCCAUUUGGCUGGACGCUGAUGGGAUCGAUUCGAUUUUCGGAGCCGGGGUGGACAGCACGGGUGCUGCACGUUCGUCACCAGGAGUUGCCAGACUUAAAACGAUUUUGGGAGGUCGAGGAAGUUCCUGUUUCAACCCCCAUGACCUCUGAUGCACUCAGAUGUGAACUUCAGGACACCACGGUUCGUGAUUCCUCGGGUCGCUACAUUGUACGUUUGCCCUUUAGAAACGCGCCUCCCCGGGUGGAGACCACCCGAUUGGCUGCGCUCAGGAUGCUGCUUUCAGCCGAACAACGCCAACAACGGGAUCUAGUUCUGCGCCAAAACUAUGUGGAUUUCAUGGAGGAGUACCACCGUUUGGGACACAUGGUCGCCGCUACAACCUCACUCGAAGAGGAAGACAAUGGAUGUUAUAUUCCACAUUACGCCGUUUGGAAGACGAUGGAGGGACAAAAGAAGCAUCCAGGAGAUAAGGUCACGGAGUACCGCUUGAAUACGGUAACGUAUGGUACCGCUCCAGCUCCUUACCUAGCUCAUGGGGUUCUUAGGCAGCUCGCCUACGAUGAGGAAAACCAAUUCCCCUUGGCCUCCCAGGUGCUACACGACAACACCUAUGUAGAUGACGCCGAGGAUGCCUGGAAAAUACAAGGGGAAUUGAUUAAUAUCCUCGCCUCCGCUGGCUUCCCACUCGACAAGUGGGCCAGUUCAUACCCGAAACUCCGCGCAUCUCUAGUUGCUCACAAGGUGUUCCAGGAUCCUGAGGUACAUGGAGCGCUGGGACUCAAAUGGGACACGGGCCAUGACACCUUAGCUGUUAGAGGAUCUAUCGUCGGGGAGGUGAAUCCGAACGCUGUUUGGACUAAGCGUUCCAUUCUCUCGGAGAUAGCCCGGGUAUUCGAUCCUAUGGGAUGGUUAACACCUGUUUUCAUUCUGGCCAAAGUUUUGUUGCAGGAUCUUUGGCUAGCAGGAGUUACGUGGGAUGAAUCUCUCGGACCGACCUUGGCGCAUCGCUGGACCCACUUCCGACUGGAUCUACCGCUGCUUUACAGGAUCUCGGUGCCGAGGUGGACGCAGUUCUCUCCAAGGGGCUGCUCCGUGGAACUCCAUGGGUUCUGCGACGCGUCGGAACGCGCCUACGCCGCAGUAGCGUAUCUCAUCGUUCGUCAGGAUGCAGCUUCCACCGUAUCUCUCUUGAUGACGAAAUCAAGGGUAGCUCCAAUCAAGACGAUCAGCAUCCUCCGCCUGGAACUUUGUGGAGCUGUCCUACUGGUUCGUCUCUUGACAAGCCUGAAAAGGGGAUUAGGAUGGACCAACGUUUCAACACAAGCUUGGUCCGACUCAACUGUGGUUCUGGCAUGGAUCAAAGUUCACCCGUCUCGGUGGAAGCCAUUCGUCGCACAUCGGGUGGCAGAAAUCCAAAGCGAACCUGGGAUCUGCUGGUACCAUGUUGGGACCCACGAAAAUCCAGCUGAUCUGGCCACGAGGGGGAUUUCAAGCCAGGACCUUCGCCACUCGGACCUUUGGUGGUCUGGACCGUCGUGGAUCAUCAAUCCCCCGGAUCAAUGGCCAGUUUCUAGUGUCCCGGAACCACCGACACUUCUCCCUGAGGAACGUCAAGCCAUUACCACGCUGACAAUAACCACGAAAGAAGAAAAUCACUACCUCAGGCGCUUUUCUAACCUAGAUCAUCUGAUACGAGUCACCGCGCAGAUGAGACGAUUCCAGGUUUGCGCUAGGAAACUAGCUACCUGCGUACCAGAGUUUCUGACAACCCUCGAGCUUCGGGAGACGCUCCUCAUCGUCAUACGGUUGAGCCAGCAGGACUCGUUUGCUAAGGAGCUGGAGAGACUUCAGCGAGGGGUCUCGGUUUCAACCUCGUCCUCUAUAAAAACAUUAUGUCCUUUUUUAGAUAAAGAUGGCAUUCUUCGAGUGGAAGGACGACUCAAAAACACUCACCUCGCCGAGUCUCGUUGUCAUCCAGCGAUCAUGAGCCGAACGUCCCAUCUGGCGACCCUGAUCAUCAGAGAUGGUCAUCACAAAACGCUGCAUGGAGGCGUGAACGCGACUACUGCCUCGAUUCAUCGAGCAUUUUGGAUACCCAGGUGUCGAGUCCGUGUCAAGCAGAUUCUGCAUGACCGCGUGCUCUGCGUCAGUCAGCGAGCCUUGACUGGACAGCAACGAAUGGGUAAUCUGCCAACUGUCCGACUCCAACCCUCGAAACCUUUUCUGCGAGCAGGCGUGGACUACGCCGGACCAUUUGCUCUCCGUACUGCUAAAGAGAGAGGACACAAAAAUUCACUGCGAGGCGAGGACACUGCGCUCAGUUAUUCAGCGACAAUGCCACAACCUUCAUGCGAUCGGGGAGCCCAUGGUCUCCUCAGCCAGCUCUUCAAGGCAUCCUCACAAUUCUACAAGACAGUGGCGGAAGUCUUAGCAAACGAGGGGACGGAAUGGACCUUUAUACCUCCAUAUUCACCUCAUAUGGGAGGAUUGUGGGAGGCUGCAGUGAAGUCGAUGAAAACUCACCUCAAGAAGACCAUCGGAGAAGCCACCCUGACUUAUGAGGAGAUGGCUACACUUCCCUGCCGCAUAGAAGCCUGCCUGAAUUCCCGACCGUUGACGCCGCUCCUCGACGAACCUCGUGAUCUGGAACCGUUAACUCCAGGUCACUUCCUAGUCAGCGACCGGUUGAUUUCCCCUCCCGAACAUCCCGAUUUGGUUACAAAUACCUGCCUAAAAAAGUUCUUAACAAAUGGAAUCAGGAGUGGACAUCACCGAAUCAUCAUACCUGUCAAAAACCUGUCUGGUCAUCAUACCUGUCUAAAAAAGUUCUUAACAAAUGGAAUCAGGAGUGGACAUCACCAAAUCUAA